GGUGCAGUAGCCUCCGUCGCUCUCUCUCUAGUUGUCUCUUUUGGCUACCCUCUCUCUCUAGUUUUGGUGGAGUUGCUAGAGUGCGCAGGUGGAAGAGAUCGGAGCACGGGGAGUGAAAAGGAAAGAUUCGGACGAGUGCACUGCGCAACCUGCGCACCAUAGUCGGAGGACCUUCGUUGGUGUCUGUGUUAUCAAUCGCCCAAGAGAAGUAUAAUUAUACAAUUAUUUGAGGGAAAUUAAUUGAGAAAAUUUCGAUUUGAGUAAUGGCUGCUCCACCAGCUAGGGCUCGAGCUGAUUAUGAUUACCUUAUUAAGCUUCUGUUGAUCGGCGACAGCGGUGUUGGUAAGAGUUGUCUUCUGUUGCGUUUCUCAGAUGGUUCCUUCACCACAAGUUUCAUCACAACAAUUGGCAUUGAUUUCAAGAUAAGGACCAUUGAACUUGAUGGAAAACGGAUUAAGCUCCAAAUUUGGGAUACAGCUGGUCAAGAGCGAUUCCGUACUAUCACAACUGCUUACUAUCGAGGAGCCAUGGGGAUUCUUCUGGUCUAUGAUGUUACUGAUGAAUCAUCUUUCAAUAAUAUUAGGAAUUGGAUUCGCAACAUUGAACAGCAUGCUUCAGAUAACGUCAACAAGAUCCUGGUAGGGAACAAGGCUGAUAUGGAUGAAAGCAGAAGGGCUGUGCCCACCGCUAAGGGCCAAGCACUUGCUGAUGAGUAUGGGAUCAAGUUCUUUGAAACUAGUGCCAAAACCAAUUUAAAUGUGGAACAAGUUUUCUUUUCAAUAGCAAGGGAUAUAAAACAAAGGCUUGCCGAUACCGACAACAGAGCCGAGCCCUCAACAAUCAGGAUCAACCAACCAGAGCAGGGGCCUGGGGCAAGUAGUUUAGCUGUACAAAAAUCAGCAUGCUGUGGUUCUUAAGCUGACUAAAUUAUUUAGAAAGUGGGGGGAUAUGCAUUAUUGCAUUAUGCUUGAAAAAGGAGAAAAAGGAAAGAAAACUAACUGUAUGACAAUAUGGUGGAUGCUUGUAAUCUAGUUGUCAUUCUUUUGAACUUGUUUUAGCGUGUGAGAUAAUUUCUUAUUGUUUGAGAAAUUUAAGUCAAAGUGGUCUUUUUUUAUAUUUCUUAUAACUAUCUUAUUUGUUUUUAUUUUUUAAGAACCAUUUAAACUGUUUGUUAUAUGUAGAUUCUUUCUAAAAUUGUUAAGUGCUCUAAAUGCUACUUUAAGGUUU